AGGGCAACAGUGACAAGCGAAGGCAUCCAUUUGGACAUAAUUAAGGGGGCUGUCUAUCUGAUGUUCCCUCCUAAUGCUCUCUCUCAGCCCACAUCAGUAGUGAUCCACAACUGGAAACGCAGUGCUUGUUCACCAAGACUUGAGGAAAAUGAGGCCAUUGUUAGCAAUGUUAUUGAAAUUUCCACUUCCACUGGCCAACCUCUUGAAUUCGAUGUCGCAGUGAAAUUGUUUUUAUGUCAUAGUGCGCCGGCCUUACGUGGCUAUGAAGUGGUUAUAAAAAAGCAGAUUGGCAAGAGCAAUGAUUGGGAAGAUGUAAAAGGAACUAAGGACUUACGAGAUAAACCAGGUUUGACGGUUUUUUUUAUUCCAUUGAGAAACUUUCCAUCUGUGACUUGUGACCUGCAAUUUGCGACCUGCGACCUGUGAUCUGCGGAUUAGGACCGCCGCUCUCAGAAACUCCUUACAAUCUUUGUUACCCUGUAGUAUUUCGGUAUUCGUUUUCCCCUUUCCAUAUGUCCUCAACAAAAACUUUGAGUUUCAAACCUUGCAACUAAAACAUGAGUCUUGAGUCAGUGGAUACUAACUUGUAAAUUUUUGUUUUUUUAUUACAGACACUGAAGAUGAAUACCCCUUCAACUUGGAUUUUUCUACUUUUCACUUUCCUGUUGCACAAGCUGACAUAACUGAGUGCUCUACAUACACAGUGGUUUGCCGUCUUAAGUCGUCUCCUUCUUAUACCAUCACAUCUUAUGGUUGUUCCAUCGACCAUCCUGAUUAUCCAGACGUGAAAGUGACAAUUCCUGAGAAUGCUGUUGCAAGUGAAACAGAACUCUCUGUGAAGUUAAAGGUUCGUGUGACUGUAUGUUAACUAAGUUAAACCAGAGGACGAAACUUAAAAUGCAUGAACGCAUUUGACCUGCAAGCGUUGCACAAGCGACUUUUUUUCUAUAUCCAAGGGCUUACAACUAGCCUUGUGUUUGUGAAAGUGGACCCAACGAAAAGGAUAGGGUUGAAUAAGGUAUUUCAAGGGCUUUUCUCUUCAGUUUUACUCAAUACUGUACUCUGUUCUGAUAUGCUGUACCUACUAGAACCAUCACGAUGGCAAGGCAACAGUCGAAUAGGUCGAAUAAUGUGGCCUCAGAUUUGGGCUGCAAGGAUGUUUUUCUUUUCAAGUGACAAUUUGUGCGGACAGAAGCGUAUUUAUAUGUUCUUUAACAACCGAGUCAGGGGCAAAUUAUUUGCACGUCUAUGACAAGGCCAUUAUUAUCGUUUGACUGUCACUAGAGUAUUUCCUUAUGCUUUUUUAGUAAUCACCUUAAUCUUAUUGAUAUUUGAAAUACGACCAAGUAAGCGUAUAUUGUUAGUAAACAAAAUACUUGUCGUUAAGCCCGGGUGUACUAUCAGAUGAUUGAUAGAACUCAGUCUUUCUUAACAUCCCGAUCCAACAGGUCCAAGAAGUUCAAAAUGAAGAAUUUGAAAGACAUGACGUGUUUAUUGGUCCCAUAUUACGAAUUAUCUGCUCACAGAAGGUCACCUUCUCGAAGCCAGUCACAAUUCAGUUACCAAUUUCUCUUCGACACGAGCAACUGGAAAUUUCAGAUAUCUCUGAAUGCCGUGUGAGAGUACUGUGUCAGAGAUCCGCUGGUGACCAUGGAGAUUGGCAUGAAAUCAAUCCGAAAGGAGAAACUGGAAUUUCAGAAAUCCUUGAAUGCGCUGGGAGAGUACUGGUUCAGAAAACCCCGGGGGACCAAGGAGAUUGGGAUGAAAUCCACAGCGAUCUUCGAAAACCCGCAAGUUUUGAUGGGGCGUUCGUUUGGUUCCAGGUUGAAAACUUUUUCAAGUAUGCAAAAAAAAAAAAAAAAUAG